GAGACUGACCAGUUGCAUACUGGUGCAUUGCGUGGUGGGCGGGCGUUGCUAUGUAGCAGGUUCGGAUGUGCCUGACAAUAGCUGGAGACUGGCAAGUUUGUGGGGGGGAAGAAAGGGGACUGUCGGCCGAGCGAAUCAGACGCGUGUGCAUGAGUGCCGGACUGGGUAAUCGCACCGGGAAUUCCCUACAGCAGUACCGGGAAGGAAUCGGCGAGCGUCUGCAGAGCUAGUUGCUGAUUGGCCGGCUGUCUGCCUCAGCAGCUGAAGAUGUCUGACAAUGGGGAGGUGGAGGACAAGCCCCCGGCUCCGCCCAUGCGGAACACCAGCACCAUGAUUGGGGCCUGCAGCAAGGAUACCGGCGCCCCCCACCACGGCUCCAAACCCCUGCCCCCCAACCCCGAGGACAAGAAGAAGAAGGACCGCUCCAUCCGCUCCAUCCUCACGGGCGGGAGUGACAAGACCAACAAGAAGAAGGAACGACCCGAGAUCUCACUCCCAUCCGACUUUGAACACACCAUCCACGUUGGCUUCGAUGCCGUCACCGGAGAGUUCACCGGCAUGCCUGAGCAGUGGGCUCGACUCCUCCAGACCUCCAACAUCACCAAACUGGAGCAGAAGACGAACCCCCAGGCCGUGCUGGACGUCCUCAAGUUCUACGACUCCAAGGAGACCUCCAACAGCCAGAAGUACAUGAGCUUCACAGAUAAAACAGCGGAGAGUUACUGCUCCUCAAAUGCCCUGGGCUCGAAAGCUGUGUCAGAGACGCCUGUCGUGAGCACGCUCUCUGAGGACGAGGACGAGGAUGAGGCCACACCCCCACCCACUGUCGCCCCCAGGCCAGAGCACACAAAAUCGAUUUACACGCGCUCUGUGAUCGAGCCCAUCCCGGCGACGCCCACCAAGGAUGCAGCCACAUCACCCAUCUCCCCCCCAGCAGAGGGUGCCGGCCCCGCCCCCUCUACAAGCCCCCCCCGGAGCGCCGACAAGACCCGGAAGAAGACCAAGAUGUCCGACGAGGAGAUCCUGGAAAAGCUACGUGGCAUCGUCAGCGUUGGUGACCCUAAGAAAAAGUACACGAGGUUUGAGAAGAUCGGACAGGGGGCUUCUGGGACGGUUUACACUGCGACUGACAUCGCUACGGGACAGGAGGUGGCCAUCAAGCAGAUGAACCUGCAGCAACAGCCCAAGAAGGAGCUGAUCAUCAACGAGAUCCUGGUCAUGAGGGAAAACAAAAACCCCAACAUCGUAAACUACCUGGACAGCUACCUGGUGGGCGAGGAGCUAUGGGUAGUGAUGGAGUAUCUCGCAGGAGGCUCGCUGACGGACGUUGUGACGGAAACUUGCAUGGACGAGGGCCAGAUUGCUGCUGUGUGCCGAGAGUGCUUACAAGCCCUGGAGUUCCUGCACUCAAAUCAGGUGAUCCACCGUGACAUCAAGAGUGACAACAUCCUGUUGGGCAUGGACGGCUCUGUCAAGCUCACGGAUUUCGGCUUCUGCGCCCAGAUCACCCCCGAGCAGAGCAAGCGCAGCACCAUGGUGGGCACGCCCUACUGGAUGGCGCCCGAGGUCGUGACCCGGAAGGCGUACGGGCCCAAGGUGGACAUCUGGUCCCUGGGCAUCAUGGCCAUUGAGAUGAUCGAAGGAGAGCCGCCGUACCUCAACGAGAACCCGCUGAGGGCACUGUACCUCAUCGCCACCAACGGCACCCCGGAACUCCAGAACCCCGAGAAGCUCUCCACCAUCUUCAGAGACUUUCUGAACCGCUGUCUGGAGAUGGAUGUGGAGAAGAGGGGCUCUGCCAAGGAGCUGCUCCAGCACCAGUUCCUCAGGGUGGCUAAACCCCUCUCCAGUCUCACCCCCCUCAUCCUAGCGGCCAAAGAGGCAGCUAAAAACAGCCGCUAGCAUCCAGUGGAGGGAGGGGUCCGCUGUACAUCCCCUCUCCUUCAACAGGCCCGAUCGUCCGCCCGCUGGGAGCCCUUGGGCGGGGUCCCAUUUGACCUCCCUCACUCUCUGGACCUCAAGAACCCCCUUGGCAGGGUCCCGAGUUUCAGUCGCCAGACUGUGAAUGGACUGCAGACGUCAUCUGACCACCAGGACCAGAGCCAGGGGGGGGCGGGGGGCUCAUGCAUCCUAAAGCCCUCCUGAUUCGCUGUGCUUUCGUCCUUUUAUUUAUGUGGCCCCCACCCUCGUGAAGGUUUUUUUUUUUAUUAUUAUUCUUUACAUUUUUCAUAGACUGUAGAAUAGUGAAUGAUCAGUGACGUCGGAUUCCAUUCUAUCCUGUUGGGUUUGCUGGGAGUCAGAGAACGAAAGCAUGUCGCUUGUAUUAAAAAGAUGACCUUGAUAAAGAUGGUAAGGAAAAUACUAUCACUACAACUACUACUAUUACUAAUACUACUAAUAAUGAUAAGGCCAAGGUUUAGCUAAAGCGCAGUGUCACAUUGGUUGUAAAAAUAGUACUGUACAAUGAUAGCUGCACCUUAAACAGCUUCAAGUGGGGUAAAUCCCAGGAAACACGCGCUACAGGGGCUGUAAGAGGUCAGGCGUCCUGUCUGUCAGCGACAGCUUGCGUCUCCUUUAGCCGCAGCUGGAAAAUGUCAGCUGUCCGCACACCACAGCUAGGGUGGCUGUCCGAGGGACACUUUCCUUCUGAGUUUUCCUGUUCUCCUCCAGUUUACCUUUCUUGCCUCACUGGCCGUGUCUGGAUGCUGGUGGCCUUUCCAUGCAUGUGUUGUAAUAUAAACAAGCCUUUUGCUGGUGUAAGAUGGGUCACUGGUCAGCCAGUGUGGCUCUGGGCCCUGGAAUCAGAUGAUAAAUAAAUAGCCCUUAGUAGACAAAGGUACAGAUUCUUAAUCAGAGGUACAGAUUCUUAAUCAGAGGUACAGAUUCUUAAUCAGAGGUACACACUGGCAGGUAUUUCUGCUACUGCCAUACAGAGAUGUCAUAUUUAUUUUCCUUUUUUGAUAAAUCGUCUGUCUUAAAAAAUUUUUAAAUCAGGCCACAACGUACUAUGGUCUGGGUGUAAACUUCCAGUGACCGUAGCCGACUGACUUUUUGAAAGAUUAUUUUGUUAGAGUGUGAAGUACGCCUUCCUACAUGGAAGGCACGCUUCUGCGUUGAAGCAUCUUGGGAUAGUGGUUGACAGUUUUUCAUAUCCCACAUCGGGUUCGGUGACAGAUUCACGUUGUCCAGCUGUUGGUCUGACUGCUGCACUCAGAAAACGCCUCCGAACUGGUGACUAGCGGUCUAAAAAUUCCACAUGAACCUAGUUGAUAGUACAGUGCAUCAUGGCGCCCAUCUUGCGCCCCCCCAUAGCCACAAUAACAGUAUAUCUUUUGUUUUUAUUCAUGUUUUUUUUAAUGAGGUAUAACAAACUGGCUGUAGAAAUACAUAAAACAAUGAUCUGGUGCACACUGGAUGUAUUUCUGGAACAUACUCAAAUGUUUCCAAGGAAAUGAAUGUUUGGAACGAAAUAAAAUCGCUUUGCAUCUGUAA